AUGAAUUUUAUAAUUUCAUUUCAUCAAAUCCGCCAUUUUGUUUGCUAAGUGAGGUAUCUGGAUUCUGAAAUCACUCAUUAAGUAUCUGUUUAGUGCUCUACCUUGUAUUCUAAAUAGUUUCGUGCCUAAAAUAGAUAUUUAAAAAUAGCUUGAAAUGUCUGAUCGAAAGAAACUACUGGAAGAACUUCGUGUUAUAGAUUUGCGCGCCGAGUUAGAAAAACGUAACCUAGACAAAAGUGGGAUUCGAAGCGUGCUUAUUCAACGCUUAUCGAAGCAAUUGGAAGAAGAAGGCAACGAUCCAGCAACUUACAAAUUUGAUUUGGGGGCUACUGAAAAUAAAACUCCAACCAAACGAACACGGCGAGCUGAAAGUUUAUUAGAGCCUGACGUAGAGGAUUCUCCUGCAAUGGAGGAUAUGAUUGUUCGGGAUGCGGAGGUUGGAGAUGAAGACCAAUCUGAAUCAAAUGGAGAACAAACUAAAAAGGAUGAUAGUAUGGAAGUGGAUGAAACCGAAAAAGCAUCUCGUAAACGAGAUAUAAAAGACGCAGCGGACUCUACGGAAGCGAAGAAGCCAUGCUUCGAUAAAGACAUAAGGCUUGAAGAAGAUCCCAAAGCUGAAAAUAAUACAGAUGGUGAAGAUAGUAUCAAUUUGGACAUAGGAGAUGAUGAGUUACUCAAUGAAGAGACUGAUAGCACUGAUAAAAUCAAUAAAGAUGAUGCUGAUCACGAGGAGGCUGCUGAGAUGGCUGACAACACUUCAACUCUUAAUGAUGAAGCGGCAGAGGACAGCAUACCAAGUAAUGAAAGUCAAGACGAAAUCACCGUAGCUGCUACCACUAGCAUUAAUGAGGAUGAAAAGAAAGGGAAAACUGAAAAAGAUGUCAAACACAAACAGGAAGAGGGGGAUAAAAAGGACAAAAAAGAGGAGAAUAAAGAGAGUGGGGCCCGUAAUCUUUGGGUCAGUGGAUUGUCUGGUGAUACCCGUGCAAAGGAUCUAAAGCAACUUUGUAGCAAACAUGGAAAGGUUAUUGGAGCCAAAGUUGUAACAAAUGCUCGGACACCGGGAUCACGGUGCUAUGGUUACGUGACGAUGGUUAGUCCUCAAGAUGCUGAGAGCUGUAUUAAAAAUUUACACAGGACAGAACUGCACGGUCGCAUGAUAUCAGUAGAAAAAGCAAAAUCAGAAUCUGAGUCAUCAUCUCGGCGACAAACGUCGGCGAAUCGAGCUGAUAGACGACCGAGUAAAGAGCAGAAGGAAGAAACUAAGGAAAAUGAGGAGAACAAAGAAACUGCUGAAGCAGAAGAGGGCAAAGAAAAGAAAGACGGUGAUGUGUCUGGUGCUGAAAGUCAACGGUCUGCAUCUAGGACUAGAGAGAAGUCACUUCGUUCAGAAAAAGAAAGAGCCAACCGCAGCACCAAGAGUCGAGACAGAAGACGAUCACCUAGGGAAGUUUUGUCAUUCUCAAAAAUUUGGAAAGAACGUGACGUAGCGCGAGCUCGAGAACGUUCCCGGAUGGCACGUGAAGAGGAAAGGAGACGCAGGGCGGCUGAAGAGGCGCUGAGAGAAAGGGAAAGACGGCAAAGAGACGAGAAACGGCGGCUCGCGAUUGAGAGAGAGAAGCUGAGAAGUGAGAGAGAAAAAAUUGAACGUGAGAAGAAUGAGUUGUUGCGGCUGGAAAGAGAAAGACAUCGGUUGGAAAGAGAGAAACUUGAACUGGAAAGACUUGAAUUGAAGAGAGAACAACUGCGGUUAGAGGAGGAGCGUCGCAAGCGCGGAUACGAGAGUAGCUCGUACCGCAAGCCGGGUUCGCCGCCAGAGCCUACCUACGAGCGAGACACGCGCCACAAGCGUCCACCACCUCCCACCAUGUCGUCUCGUAGCGGUCCGUUCGAGGCGCCGCCACCGCCGCGCUUCGAACUCCAAUCCGGGUAUGAGCGCAACGUGGACAAGCGUGAGCGAGACAGGGAAUACAAGCGCGAGUACCCACGUCACGUCUCCAAUGCUAACAUGAAAUACACAAGUAAUGGCAACGCUAAUGAUGAAACCAGGCAACCAAUGCCACCUGGAACCAGACCAAAGGACCCGAGCAGGUCAUAUGAAGCCCGCGACAGUCGUCCAUACCGAGUGUCUCCAUCCGGUAAACCAGAGCCGAGAAACUGGAACCAAUCUAACCGGUACUCUGAAAGUGCCACUGCCAGUAAAGGCGGUAGCGGAGGCGACGGCUCGUGGUCGAAUGCGGCGAGUGGUGCGGCUGAGACGCGGUAUGGAUCGUACGAGACGCGCUAUCAACCCGCUUAUCAACCGCCACCGCCCGGCGCCACGUAUCCCGACCGUUACCCCGCCGCCCGCGAGUACGCUCGCAAGUACUAACCGAAUCCAGAGCAAUUCAUGUAUGUGUAUUCAGAGUCGAUUAUUCUUAAUUUUUCUGCGGAACGGUGAAGAAAGUAUUUUUUUUUGCAUUCCUGCAAUGGACUAGACACAGGAGUCAUUGUAUCUGAUUUUUGGGGACACUUGACAUAAACUAUUUUCGUGUGUUGAUUUAGUUAAGAUUUAAUAAUUAUAAGCUUUACUUACUUUGUAAUAUAUAAAUGAAACAUGUAAUAAAAAUUCUAAAAUAA